UGUCCCCCCGUGAUGUUUAAUUAAAAAGCGGACAUCUUGCAGUGUUCUCAUUUUCUGAUCCGUCAUACAUUCGAUCACGACAGCAACAGAUGAUGGUAGGAGUGCUUCAAUCGUUACCGAUUCGAGGGGUGCACCCGUCGGCGAUAUUCCCUGGCCACGCGCAAUAGCAGCCUCAAUUGUACUCUUUGACAUACCGCUUCGUUUCGCUUUGCUGAUGACAAGGGCGAGUCGGGGAUUUGAGGCCGGGUCUGGUCCAAAUACUUUGCAUAGUGUCAGUAUUAUGAGGAGUAAGAAAUAUGGACAACAAAUGUUCAGUGUAAAGUUUGCUUACACUUCGACGCAUUGAUUAUGUCUCUGGCGUAGAGAAUGCGCUCUUUGCUCUUUGCCGCAUCGUUUUUGCCCUUGUCGUGCCUAAUUGUAGACCAACGGUUGUGACCUGCCUGUACGAUUGCGGAGGAACUCAGGGCUCGACAAUGCUUGCACACCCAAGGGCGUAGGCUUCGAGGCCCUCCCAAAAGUCUCAAUCUAAAAGUAGAAGCCAUGAGGUCUAUAAUAACGGCGGUAACGUCGGCGCGCGAGAACGAUGUCGUUGUCCGACGACACUUUUGGGGCUCCGCGGGAGAGGAUCGGCCCGACUGUUGAUCCGCGCCGGUGAUAUAUCUUGACAGUUCGUGAACUAUGGCACGAGCACGACGUUUAACUCCAACCCCUUAAAGGUGAACCAUUUAGUUCGCACAAAUUGUAGAUGUGCCUGGGAGUAUUCCUAUGAAGCAUCAGCAGCAAUGGCGGCUCCUGAUACCGCUGCUGCGCCAUCAGCGGGGCCAGACACUGCGGACUCCCGCCUCGAACUAGAUGUGCCCAAGCUUCAUUCACUCCCCUCCGAACAACAAGACCUCUACCUCCUGAGGUUUACCGCGGACCUCGUUCAAUACACAGCGACACUCGAUAAAGCGGGUCUAUCUUCUCAGCAACGGUUUAUCAUUCAGGAACUCUUUAAAAUAUUGAAGCUUUCGUCGCCUCCUCCCACCAGGGUGAUACGAAAUAACGUCGGCCGAUGUUUCAACGCUAUCUUCAGCAAGGGGGACCGAACCACGCUGUACGACACCGUCACACAACUUCUGGGAAUACUCAAUGCUGGGAAGAAUGAUUGGGAGCUGAAGACUAAGUUUGCCGCCGCUGUCGCGAUAGGGGAGAUAUAUGCAGGAGCUGGAGACAGUCUGUUCACUCAGUCGACUGUUGUCUGCUCCGCAUUGUUGAAGCUAUUCAAGUCCUCCCAAAACCAUGCCGGAUUGAGGAGCUCCUUAUAUACAGCCUUGAAGAGGGUGGUUGGCAGCAUCGGUUCUCCUGUGGAUGAACAAACAGCGAAGGAUAUCUGGAAGCAUGCUCGAAACACGGCCACCAACGACAAGGCCGUCGCCGUCCAAGCGAGUGCAUGUUAUUGCCUUGAGCAGUUGAUUAAGAGCACAUCCUAUUUUGGGACGUUAGCCGACUUCGAGAAUCUCAAAGCUACAAUUUGGAAAGUGAUUGACAGCCCUAGUCCAUCUGUAAGGCAUGCGGCCGCUUCCUGCCUUGCUGCCAUGUUGAUCAAAGCUCUCGUAGCCGGAGACCAGGUCCAGGACGUGCCAACUGUUCGAAAACCCAAAAAGCAAUCGAAAAAACAGCCAACUGCCCCUGAUGGUGAUGACGCAACCGAGCGACCUCAGUCGCCGCAGCCUUCUGCAGGUCGAAGAGUGGACCUUCAUAUUUCAUUCCAACUCCCCGAGCUCUUGAAACAACUUUCUUUUCAAUACUGCCGAACCUCAACUAGUAACCGAGCAAGAGCAGGUAUUGCUACGUGUUAUAAGCAAAUCCUAAGGGGCCUUGGCAACAACUUUGUCGAAGAACGCUAUGCGGAAAUUGCUGGUCACUUUCUAGUUACGGUAUUAAAUCAUCCAACCAUCACUUACAACCGAUACCGACUCCUGAUGACCAGGAAAUUUAUCAAGAGCUUAUUAGAGGAUACUGUUUGUCGUGAAAUCCUCCGUGAGAAUAGUAAACUUAACGCCGCCAAAUGGCUAACAAAUGGCCUGCUUAAGGAUUACCCGAAAGUGGUCCAGGAGCGACCUGAGCCAAGCAAAUACACUUUAACGAGUGCCUUGAGCACAUUAUCUGCUAUUAUAUCUUCCUUAGGCUCUGCUCUGGCGGUUAUCGGGGACAGCUGUCGUGAUUCACUCCUCCAGGUACUCCAGCAUCCUAGCUAUACUGUCCAAAUUCAUACCGCCCAGUGCUUGCGCAACUUUGUUCUUGCUUGCCCUCAGCAACUCCUCUCUUGCGUGACGGUCUGCAUGAAUAGCCUUAACAGGGAGAUUGGUCAGCUAUCUACUCCACGACAUUCCAAUAGGCGAUGCCUUGGAUACGCCCAUGGCCUGGCGGCUAUGUUGAGUACCUCUCGAUUGCAGCCACUCUAUGGCUCCGUCGAUGUGUACGCACGGGUCCUAUCACAAGCUACAGAUCUCCUGAAAACAAGUAGCAGCUCGGAGUUGAGGAUUGCAAGCACGCAAAUCCAGGUUGCAUGGAUUUUAAUUGGCGGUCUGAUGCCGCUUGGACCUAGCUUCACCAAAAUUCACCUACCCCAGCUACUCCUAUUGUGGAAAAAUGCCCUCCCAAAGCCUUUGCCCAAAGAUAACCUGGCUCAACGCGGUCCCCUAGAGAUGAGCUUUUUGGCCCACGUCCGAGAAUGCGCCCUUGGUUCAAUCUACGUGUUUUUGGAGUUCAACAGCAACCUUGUAACGGCAGAUGGAUCAAGACGUAUUGCUGCAAUGCUUCAGAAUACAGUGAUGUUUUUGGAUAACCUGCCAAGACUCAAGUCUGCGGAAGAUAUCUCUCAGCGCCUAUCGCCUUCACUACAGUUAAAGGAUUUCGCCACGAUGAUUCGUCGACGUGUAUUGCAGUGUUUUUCAAAACUAGUCAACAUAGACCACGCAAAUUCAGAUGUUCUAUCGUUGUCGAAUAUCCUAGGCCUAGCGAUCUCGUCAUUUGCUGAUCCUGAGGUUAUUUCCGCAAACCCUUUUGAUACAUCCAUUGCUAGUUCCACUACUCACUUUGAUAAUAUUUGGGACCUUGACGACAAUUUUGGAUUUGGUGUAACAGGUUUAGCACAUGAAUUUGCCGUCGAGACCAUCUCAGGAUGUCAUAAAGAAGAUAACUCCGCCGGCACGAAAGCGAUGGAAUCACCUGAGCAGGGAAUUGACAAUAUUUUGUUAUCCCCGAUCUGCCAAGCUAGGGAGCAUGACUCUGUACUUCUCUAUUCGGUGACUGAGCGAAAUAGCGGAUCAUACUCGGACCCUCCCGAUACCGAAGUUGUGAAUGCAGCAAUAGACUUAUUUGCGAAGGCGUUACCAUUACAAUCGCCAAAGGUUCAGGAAAGUAGUGUGGAGCAAAUAGCAGCCUUACUCUCCGCCCAAAGUCUAAACCGCAACCCUGGGCGAAAGGCAGCCAUGACUGUCAAUAUUGCUGUAGCUCUGCUCCUUGCUGUUAAAGUUGCCGUUAAGGAGACCCCAUCGGCGCCGGGGAACUUGAGGUAUCCUGCAACUGAGAAAGUUAUGCAGGAGCUCAUUCUGACUUUUACCACCCACCCCGAUCCCAUCGUGCGUUGUAUAGGCUCCGAAGCACUAGGGCGGCUGUGCAAUAGUUCCGGGAAUGCCUUCACUAGCAGCCAAAUCAACUUCCUCGUUGAUUCCAUUGUUGAGAACCGAGAUCCCAGCACGCGUGCUGGAUGCGCGACAGCUCUAGGUUGUAUCCAUUCUCAAGUCGGCGGCAUGGCGGCUAGUUUCCACUUGAAAACCAUUGUUGGCGUCCUCAUGUCCCUCUGCAGUGAUCCUCACCCCGUCGUUCACUUCUGGGCACUAGAAGGCUUGGGUCGAGUGGCAGAAUCUGCUGGAUUGACCUUUUCGGCCUAUGUGUCAAGCUCCCUCGGCAUGCUUGCCAGGCUAUAUAUUGCCGAUACCCAUAAUGAAGAAGCUUCAUCUGUGUCAACCUCCAAUCUAGAAGUGGCAUUUCCGACUACCGUGUCCAUUAGUCGCUGCGUUGAUUCGCUUAUCAACGUUCUUGGUCCGGAUUUACGGGAUAUCUCAAAAACUCGGGAACUGAUUUUCACGCUCGUGAAGGAAUUUCAGCUUGAGAAAUCCACAGCGCUGGUGGCAGAGAGCUCAAAAUGCUUAGAUCAUCUGUCUUUAUAUGCUCCAAAUCACAUGGAUUUCUCCGCCUAUGUCCGAUGGCUUCAGCAGGAACUUGCAUUGAAAAGCACGACAAUUCAGGAUGCCGCUAUUCGAGGCUUCAACAAUCUGAUGAAAAGAGACGCCGAUUUGGUCAUUCGCACAGCCUCACCGAGCCUUGAGGAUGAGUUCUGGCUAGCCUUUGAGAGCGCGACGGAUAACGAAGCAUUGAAAAACAUUGUCUGCAACUGGCUGCAGCAAACUGGGCUCACGGAUACUGAUGAUUGGAUACAACGGUUCCAAAAGGUCCUCACGAAGACGCGAUCGAAACAGGAUGAUAAUCCUCCACCUACCACAGUCAACACCACUGCUAUUCAUGACAUCGCAGACGACGAGGUGGCAGGAUUUGCCGCAGCCGUUGGGGGAGAGCCCGGCGAAACGGCCAACGAGUCCUCCUCUGGUCAGGAACUGCUCAGGUGGCAAACCAGAAAUUUCGUGAUGGGCUGUCUAAGUGAGCUUCUGUCCAUGGUUAGCAAAAACAUAUUGCCCGAUCAAAUUAUUCCCGCAGAAAUGGCGUUGCAAGAAAGGGUUGGAGAUAUUAUUCGAAUGGCAUUUUCCGCAUCCACUGCCAACGUCAUUGAGCUCCGAAUCUGGGGUUUGAAAAUAAUUGAUCAAAUAUUGAAGAUGUUUGGCAAAACCCCGGAUCCCGAUUUUGCGGAAGCGUUACUCUUGGAACAAUAUCAAGCUCAAAUUAGUUCCGCACUAACUCCUGCAUUUGCAGCUGACUCUUCAUCUGAGCUGGCCUCGGAGGCGAUUAAUGUUUGCGCAACUUUCGUUGGUACCGGAAUCGUGACAAAUGUGGAUCGUAUGGGUCGUAUUUUUAAACUACUGGUUGUUGGCCUGGAGAACUUCGCGAAUAAACCUGACACCACAGAGAUUGGUGAUCUCAAAGGGCUUAAUUCUAAUGCGCGUGUGAUGGUGAAGCUUGCACUAUUCUCAGCUUGGGCUAGGUUGCAGAUAGCUAGCAACGACCAAAAUUGGUUGGCUGAAAUUGUGCAGCCGUAUACCGCUACCCUCACUCCCCUGUGGCUCUCUUCCCUCCAGGAAUUUGCGCGCCUCCGAUUUGAACCGGAAAUAUCCAGCACGCUUGGGCCCACCGUAUCUGACAAUUUGGACGAGGUGUAUGCAGCAUUGAACCGGGAAACAUUAUUGAAAUUCUAUCAAGAUUCCUGGCUGAGUUUCGUUGAUGCCAUCGCAAGCCUGGUUGAGAAGGAUAGCGAGUUCGUCUUCGAUGCCCUUGAUGGGAAACUUGAACCGUCAAAGGAAGUAGUUAGUGCUGAUAAACCUGAAGUAAAUGGUGUAAAGGGGGAGAAGGGAACGCAUAUAAACUAUCGCGAUGAACCAGUCGCGUUCUUUUUUGUUCUCUUUGGCCUUGCCUUCGAGGCUCUCGUCGCGCAAAGCCAUGAACAAUCAAAUCAGUCAUUGGAAAUUCUGCGAGCCUUGCGAAAGAUCCUCCACCCAUCCGUUGCUGGGAAUGCCGUGUACCAACAGGCCGUAUUUUCCGAAACUAUGGAUACGUUGGACAGAUUAGUGAUGACUGAAGGCUCCAGCGUACAAACGGUCAUUGUCCAAAUGGCACGAGAUCUGGCUCUGCACCACCACUCUGCACCGAAUAACCAGCCUCGAUCUGACAAUCUGUCAGACGAUAUUGAGCAGCUAUUCGAACUCACACGAAACAUCAUUCUUGUCCUUGCAGGACUCCUGCCUAAUCUCAGCGAGUCUCCGACGCACACCCGCUUCAAUAUAUCUGAUGAGGCGGCCUCCCUCAUAACACUAUCCCUCUCCUCACUUGUCGACGUCACCUCUGUUUUUCCCUCCAUUAUCCGCGGGGAUCUCCGCGCCUGCAUCUUGCAUAUUUUCACAACAAUUUUGGCCAUGGGCAUCUGCCAAGCCGAAGUCGUCCCUCGAGCUCUCCCCAUCUUUCGCCGCUUCAUCCAGGGCAUCACCCGCCCACCGACGUCAAUCACAACUUCGGCUGUACCCACUGAUUCUGAAACCCCACAUCCUCCCCCCGAAGACCCAGAAAUCAUCUCCCGUCAAAUCCGAGGUUGCAUCUCCCGUCUUCUCCAGAUUCUCACGAUUGCCCAACGCCGCGAAUCGGAAACCUCACUCACUUGCGCCAAAAAUACUCUCUUAUCCCUAACCGUCCUGCUGACAACAAGCACCCACGUAAUACCACCGCAAGAUCCCUUAAUCCCUCGCGUACUCUCCGAGUUCCUCGACUGCUUACAGGACCUGGGCCUCGCGACUGUCGCAGCGGGCUGCCUCCGCUCCAUCCUUCUUAGCCCAUCGACCCAAACCACCCGCUCCCCGACCGACGACGCAAUUGCUCGUUUCCUCCUCCCACGACUCAUUGCCUUCAUAACAAGCCUGCCCGCCAGCGAACUUGAGACGCCCGUAGACCCUGAAAAUGUCAAGGGGACCAUCACACUGGCUCUCGUCUCGUGUAUCGGCUCGGGCACGAUUGCACCAGCGAGUGUCCCCAUAGCGAUGGCUCUGGUUAUUCCCGCACUCCUGAUGCGCGCGAGGAAUGAAGGCCAGGGAAUUUAUAAGGAGAUAGCCGCUGCUCUUCUUGAGCUAGCGAAGAUCGACGCGGUGUCGUUUAGAGGUCUAGUGGCGGGGAUGGGUGCUGAGCAGCGAGCUUUUACGGAGGAGAUUCUGAGAAAUGGGGGGAUUGGGGGUGGUGGGGGUGGUGGGGGGAAGGAGGGGAGGAACGUUUCCGACGGGGCGGAUGAUGGGGAGAGGAAUGUACCGAGUAUUGCGUUGCGGAUGGACUUUUAGAAUUUGGUUUUAUUUACUCCGUCCAGAUAGGGUUACUUUGGAUAUAAUGAUCCGGCCGUCCGGUUGGCUUUGUAACACACAUAUAUAUUUUAUACAUACUAUAAUUCAUAAGUUUUUACCUUGCCAUGGGUAUGCGUAAAUUCUUGACAUAGAUAUUGGUCAUUGAGAAACAGGAGCUAUAUGUCAUAUGGCAUCACUUAUGUUUCAAUUAAAGUAUUAGGAAAUAUUCACCCACUGUUCGACAAAUUAAUUAUCUA